AUGCACCCGAAGAGAAAGGAGCCCUUCGCGCGGCCGACCGACACGUGUUCCGACCCGACGAACAUAUCUGCCGUGUCAUCGAAGCAAGUUCCUACGUGGCAGAGGGGGGAGUCCUACGUUCCCUCCCUCGACCACAUCGACAGAUCCGACGCUCCGAAACCGACCUUUCCAGCUCCGAGCUGCCACCCGCGCGUCUGGACCGUUGAAGCCCCUUCGCCCAUGCUGACGUGUCGCUCACCCGAGCGGACCGGCCCGACUCGCAAUCCCGUUCCUCCCACCACCAACCCGAGCGUUAGAACCGGCUCCCUUCCAUGCCCUCCACGCCCCACCGGUUCCGCUCUGCGGCAUCCGGUCAGGCCCUACGGGGGAUGGCAGAGUGUCCUCUGGUCGUACGCCAUGCUGUGCGCGCCCUCCCAGAGGGCCCCGAGGCUGAUGAAAUGCUGA